AUCACCCGGUCUAUCACUAUCGAUUGCCUAAGAUAAGAGUAAUUUAGAAUACACACAAUAGGAUUUUAUGGAAGAGGUUUCCCUUUCUGAUGAUUUUGUUUAUUCUUUAGAAUUCUUAUUCUUUAUGUGUUUUUGUCACUGUCAUCUGUCUGCUGCUACUGUCAAUAUGAAUGUCAUCACUGGAUGUUUUUAUAAAUAUUUUGAUAAAAACUAAUAUUUCGAAAAACAUGAAGAAGUUAUCACUUAAAGUUAUGAUUAUGUUAGUCUUGAGUUCUUGUACAGUUCUUUUCUUGUAUUCUAGAGUAAGUAAUCACAAAAAAUAUUAUCCUGCUAUGAAGAGACCACCAUCCUCCAAAAUAACGAGCUACAACAAGAGUCAUGGUAUAGAAAAGGUAGUGUUAUCGUUUGUAGUGUGCGAUUCGAGAUUCAAUGAAUCCAUUAACGUUGUAAAGUCUGUGUUGUUGUUUACAAAAGUUCGUGUACACUUCGUAAUAUUUACUGACGAUACGUUACGCCCAAAAUUUAAUGAAACUCUGACAAUGUGGAAGCAAUUAACAAAGAACCAGCUGGAAUUUGAGCUUCACAAAGUUAGCUUUCCUCAAGAACAUGAACAGGAUUGGAUGAACUUAUUUAGCAAAUGUGCGGCGCAGCGGUUGUUUAUUCCGAAACUGAUACCCCACAUAGAUGCCAUGAUAUAUGUGGAUACAGAUACUUUGUUUUUAGGCCCAGUAGAAGAGCUCUGGCAUUUCUUUACACAGUUCAAUACAACACAAAUAUCUGCAAUGUCCCUUGAAGAUGAGAACCCCAAUGUGUCCUGGUACCCAAGAUUUGCAAAACAUCCUUUCUAUGGGAAAUAUGGACUGAAUUCUGGAGUAAUGCUCAUGAACUUGACAAGGAUGAGGGAAUUUGGCUGGGUGGACUAUGUCACGCCAAUCAUGUUGAAAUGGAAACUUUACAUACCCUGGGGUGAUCAGGACAUAAUAAACAUAAUAUUCCACUACCACGAGCGCGCGGUGCACGUGCUGUCGUGCCGCUACAACUACCGCUCCGACCAGUGCAUGUACGGCGACGCCUGCGCAGACGCCACGGCGCAAGGCAUCUUCCUACUCCACGGCAGCCGGAAAGCCUUCCAUAAUAAUAAACAACCAGCCUUUCAGGCAAUCUAUCGUGCGAUUGAUGAAUAUGUGGUAGGAACGGACCCCUCGAAGUAUGUCCUCGCAAAUAUGGAUCUGUACUUCUCCCAGGCGCCCACAUCAAACUGCGGCAAUUUGAAGGAUGCCUUCUUAAAAGUACCCACUCGAACGUUUACCGAUUUAUAUCCAGCUCCUAACAGAUAGCACAAAGGCUUAGAAUAGGAGAAAAUGCUUCAGAGAAGAUUCACAUAUCGUACUUUUUAAUUAAGUAUGCAGUAAGUAGGUACGCUUUUCAAUUUAAAAACUUAAGCCGCGUUUCCACUAGGUAACAUUUGACGAACGACACUUGCUCAACAUGUACCUACGCACAACACCUCGCUACGUACGUCGCUAGCGGGCGCGCAACAAAAGUGUUGUGCCACAUGUUGCGCGUCAAUUGUUGCCUAGUGGAAACGCGGCUUUAAAAGAAGUUACGCCAUUGAAAUUGACAUUUGUUUUUAACGCAAUAGGUGUCCUUAUACCUACUCUUUAUUUGGAUUUUCCACGAUUCGCUUGCACAUGUGUCUGUUUCCGUGCCAUACUAAUUAAAACCAAUCUCGUGAACGCCCAGGCAUGGAAUGUAAUAUGUCUUAAACCUAUAGUUUAUAAGUUUAGGCAAAUGUAUUUGCGAGUAUUAUUAACUUGUAAAACCAGCACCACAAUCUUUCCGCCUCUAAAGUGGCUAUUGUAAAAACUUGAUGUUCCAUGACAGACCUGUAUAAUAUAUCAUAUCUAACCUUACACAGAAUAAUAUUAUUAUUUAGAUAUAUAUCACAAAAAUAUUAUAAGGCUAAACUUUGUGAAUGUAUGUUCUAUGUGUCUGUUUGUUACUACUUCAAGCUUAAAAGGCUGAACGGAUUUUCAUGAAAAUUGACAGUAAUAAUAGCUUAUAAAUUACACUGAAGCGGGGGAUGAAGCAUUAUUUUUGUUUCAUCCUGUUACCGCGUGUAAUGUAAUGACCAUAUAUUAUUUGAAUGUUUAUUCAGUUAUCAUGUUAUAAAUCUAAUAUAUAAAUACAUAUAUAAACACGGCCAGGCGGUAAGUGUGAGGGUCACUCGCGUGCUCCUUAGCGUAGGAACAACCGGUUCUGUAACCUUCCGUCCGACGCGCUAACAUCUAGCUAUUCACUUUUUGUUGAUUAACACCAAAAAGUAAAAUAAGUAUUUUUAACAUUUACUGGAAAGGUUUGACAUUUAUAUUGAUAGAAACUUAUCCAGUACCUAAUCCAUGGUCGGCAUAAAAUCUUCUAUGUAGGUAUAGAUAUGUACAAUUUUACCUAAAAGCGAAACACCACUCACGAAAUCUUAGAAACUAUAACACCGCCAAGCUUCAAGGCUCCUCAAUGAGAAGUUACGAAAUCACGGAUUUCACUCUCCUAUGGGGAUUAAAACGGGAAGUGGAAGUUUGUAUGAAGUCCUGUUUUUGAAGUAAAACACUUGAACUUUAAAAUGGUGUGGAAUUGUUAUAAUUUAUAUAUAGGUAUUAGGCUUUUUAAACUUUUUGCACAUGAUAGCUGCCCAAUAUUUUACACACGCCUCGUAUAGCUAACAAUAUGAAAUCUAUACUUAGUGAAACUUCUUAUUAAAUAAGUUUGUUUUUAUUGCAAGAUUAUAAAAUCGAGCCAGGAAGUUAGGAGGAUAAUACAGUGCUAAACCGCCAAAACCGACAUAAAUGUAACUGUUCUAGACAUAACAUGUUAUGGUCAAGGUAAACUUGUUUGAAAGACCAUCAGUUACAGCCUGGUUUGUUGACUUUUAUCUUUUCAAUUAUGUAAGUCAUUCUAAAUGAUUUUUACAAUUUUAUUAUAAUAUAAGUUGACACGAAUUAUAUUUAAUUAAUUCAGCUAUAGGCUGUAAAAAGGAAAGGUGAAGGUGUCUUAUAUAAUUAAUUUAUUUAGAAAGUUAAUUGUAGUAUAAAUAAUUUAUACUGUAUUUUUAAUGUUAAUGUCCUUUUAUGUUUGUAGUAAGUACAUAGUUAAACACAAAAGUAUUAAAUCUGCCUCAUUAUAUUUAAGUAGCGUUUGUAAAACUUUAUUGCAAUUAAACAUUUUAUAUUAUUUAUAAAAUGAAA